AUGAAACUCGCAGUUGCUGUAUUGUCAUCGAUCCUGUUUGCCUGCUCGGUUACUAUUGCCAAUCCAAUUCUUCCCAGUGAAACUACAAGCACCGAGUCUAUCACCUCGCCAACUCCUAAUCCAAACGGUAUAGGCUUAGAUGGUCUUAAUCCACUUCCAGAUAGCAUCAAGAAUUUACUCGACAAAUACGUAGAGAUACAGGAUGGUUUUGAAGAGCAAGAAAAAAUAUGCGACUCGUUAAAACCUCAAUAUGACAGCCAGACUAUGCUGGUAACGAACUUGGAAACAAAGAUUCAAGAUUUGGAAGAAAAAUCUCAAGACGAUGACAGCCUAAAAUAUUAUAUUGAAAUUCGGAAGACUAAGAUUGAUCUCGAAGCCCAAAAAUCCAAACUCGAGUAUCUUAAAAAACGCUAUAGUGAGUGCGUGCUCAAAAAAAAUGAUCUUAAAUUUGGAAUGAAUCGCGUCGAAAUAAGGCUUGUGGAGUCCGUUUUUGGAACUUGGAAUUAUAGAUCACUUAAUCAAAAAAUUGCUUCCAUCGGCACGUAUCCUUCCGUUAUGAGGUACUUUGGCGAAUUAGCUAGUAAAGGGCAAUCAUCAGAACGCAAUAAAUCUCUUAAUCAAAAAUCUGGUGGCCGACGAAAGCAUCGAAAACCUAGUGGUCAACAACAAAGUCAAGAUUCGCAACCAUCAUCAAGUAGACCAUCUGGAUCUGGAUCCCUUGGACGCAGAGCUUCUACUUUUAGACACAGAGCUUCUUCCGGUAUACGCAGAGGAGCCUCCAGGCUUGUGGGUAAUGCUGGAUCAUUGUUUCAGCGACCCGGAGAUGAAGAUCGCGAACCAUUGAUUGAGCAUUAA